AUGUCUUUGGUGGUGCUGGAGGUCAACGAUGUGCUUGGGCCUGUGCUGCUGCCCUCGACGUCGCGGGAUGAAGCCGAGCAAAUUUUGGAUGAAAUCGUGGCGCUGCGCGUUUACCCCCUUGACCAUCUCAAGGGCGCUGUGCGUGUCGUGGAUGCCGGUGCCCACGUGGGCCUUUUCACUCGCUAUAUCCUCAAGCAUCGGGAUCAGUUUGACCGCCUCGACCUCCUGGUGGUGGAGCCCAACCCGGCCCUGAUGGCCUUGGUGCAGCUCAACAUCAGCCUCAUUCUGGGCACGCCCAAUGGCCACGGACUUUGCGAAAGUGCCAUCGGGGCCGAUACUGAGGCAACAAGUACAGAGGGCAUGGCCGAUGCACUGGUCUGGAAUCUGCCCAAUUUGCGCGUGACGGCUGUGUCCGUGGCGCUAGCUGACACAGUGGGCCGUGCCACUCUCACCUGCCAUCGCGAGACCGGUCCGGCCGAAGGGGCGCUGGCCUCAUUUGCACCCGCUGCACAAAAUUGCUGGGCCAAAACCAUGGCAGCAGCUGCAGCCACGCUGUCCCUGCUCGAAGACGCACCGGUCAACCCCCUGUACGCUGCCCAGGUGGAAGCCGAGAUCUUGGCGGCUGCUGAGCGCGACCUCGACCUGUUACUUUCCCAGCUGACCGCACUGGGCGUGUCUGCGGACGAUGCCAAAGCUAGUCUGAUUGAAGCCCUGCAGGGUGGACUGGCUUUGGAUUCACCGGCCAUGACAGAACCAGAGCAUGUUGAGGUCCCCACCUGUCCACUUAGCCGGCUCAUGGCUGCAUUAGGUUGGAGCGCGCUUGACACCACCUGGACAUCGCUCCUCAAGGUAUAUGCCGAGACGCUGGCAGAGGGGGAGUUGCGGACGCUGCUCGAACAGCUUGGGCACUCGGUGCAUGUGCAUCGCGUGCAGCCUGCCAUUUCGGACACAGGGCGGCUACAUUUUGUCCCGUCAAGCCUUGGCAUGUGUUUGGUCUAUGGACAGGUUUCGGCGACUUUGUGA